AUGGUGGCCGACUCCAGUGACACAGCUGAAUGGAGGAUCGAGACUGUCUCAGCAGACGAGGAAGGAUGUCUCUUCUACCUCGAUCACUACAAGCCCUUCAGGCUGAUGGCGUUGCAGCAAGACCCUGAUGGUUGCCCUCUAGCAAAGACGUUCGCCGCCGGGCAGUCGCGUGACAAGACCGUAUUGUCCGCUACGUCAUUGUUAGGACCGCUACCAGACUCGCAGCCGGCAAGCAAUCCAUCUCAAGUGAUUGCCGAAAUGAGCGAAGGUGACGAUCGACACGAUUGUCAAGAUGCCGCGCCGAUGUGCUUCCAGAUGGCCAGCGUCUACACGAGGUCCGAGGCUCGCGGACGAGGCCUCGCGAAGCGUCUCGUCAAGGUCGCGAUGGAUGACGCCGUCAAACAAGCGCAAGAACGAGGCAGAGCUCUUUCGCUGAGUUUCGUUGUCUACGCGACAAACACAGCCGCGAUAGCAUUUUACGAGAGCUGCGGCUUCGUCGCGAGUGCAGAGGGACCGACGGACUCUUUCAAUCCUCUGAAGAACUCUACUAGCGGUGAGCUGAACAUGUUUUUCCGGGCUGCCUCCUAA